AUUAUGUGUUAUGGUAUUACUUAUUACCACCUCUCUCAAAUUCCAUUUAUAUUUUCAAUAAACUCAGCAUUAAGAUCAUAACACAAUUCGAGAAAUUUGUUCUUCACUUCUUUCUCCACUGAUUUCAUUCUCUAUGUAGAAAAGAAAAACGAAACCCCAUCUUUCCUCUUACCAAUAAUCUUGUUUUGGUGACUGCUUUUUUACAAAAUUUGAAAAAACAAACACACCCACUUUCUAAAUCAUUGUUUUUUCCAAUUGGGUUGGGAAAUUUUUAGUGCUUUUCACCGUUUCUUUGACUCUUACCAGUAAGAAAUUGGGGGGGUUCUGUGAUGAUUUGGAUUUUGGGUAUAAUUGAAAGAGAAAAUUUGUUAAAAGAAUCAAAUUGAAAAGGUUAUAAGAGAGAGGGAGAGAGAGAGAAUGAUGAUGGGGAAAGGAAGAAGAAUGGUGGGAGCACUAUGUUCAUGCGCACUAAGAAUAAAAACUCCCUUGCCGAUAGUGAUUAUGAUGAUGAAAUUGUGAAAUGCAACCUUUUUUGUAACAAAUAGUACAAAAUCGAAGAACCCUUUUGAAUUUUUUUGUGGGUCCGUUCAAUUUUUCCGCCAUAGCCAAAAACCCAACAACUCCACAUCAAUCCUUCUCAGCCCCAUCAUUAUUACCCUCAAGAAGUAGAAGAAGAAGGAGUAGGAGUAGAAGUAGAAGUAGAAGAAGAAGUCUCUCUUACUCUUCUUCCAUUUCUCUCACCAACAAUCUGUCAUUUCCCCCAUCCCUUCUUUUCCCUUUUCUUCAUUUUCAAGGGAAUUCUGUCAUUUUUCUUCUUUCUCCCUUUUGAUUUCUUGUUUUUCUCUUUGUUUCUUUGAGGAUUUUGUUCGUUCUGGUUUUGCCGAUGGUGGGCUACUGAGGAACUGAGGAUUGUUUGUCUUUUUUUUUUUUUUUUUGUGGGGGGUUGUUUCAAUGGGAAACUGCUGGUAUCGAUGGGAACCUACGGUUAAUAGGGUCUCAUCUAAUGCAAAAUCAGAAUCUCCAAAAGUUGAGAGUACAUCGCCUUAUACAAGAAACAAUGAACACAAUUUGCCCUCUAACCCCAAAGAAGUAGAAGACUUGCGUCGUGACUCGGCAACUAAUCCCUUGAUUGCAUUUACGUUUGACGAGCUGAAGUUAAUCACCGGAAAUUUUAGACAGGACCGUGUGUUAGGCGGAGGAGGGUUCGGAAGUGUUUAUAAAGGAUUCAUUACUGAAGAUUUGAGAGAAGGAAUCGUUCCUCUUCCUGUAGCUGUUAAGGUUCAUGAUGGAUUUAAUAGUUAUCAAGGCCACAGGGAAUGGCUGGCAGAAGUCAUAUUUUUGGGGCAGCUUUCUCAUCCAAAUUUGGUAAAGUUGAUUGGAUACUGUUGCGAAGACGAGCAUCGUGUUCUCAUAUAUGAGUACAUGCCUAGGGGGAGUGUGGAAAACAAUUUAUUUUCAACUUUGCAUGCUGCAGGAGUGUUGCUUCCUCUGCCUUGGUCCAUUAGAAUGAAAAUUGCCUUUGGUGCUGCAAAAGGACUAGCAUUUCUCCACGAAGCAGAAAAGCCCGUCAUCUAUCGUGAUUUUAAGACGUCGAAUAUUCUGCUUGAUUCGGACUAUAAUCCAAAACUUUCGGACUUUGGUCUCGCAAAAGAUGGACCAGUAGGUGACAAGUCUCACGUCUCUACUCGUAUAAUGGGAACGUACGGAUAUGCUGCACCAGAAUACAUAUUGACAGGACAUUUGACCCCUCGGAGCGACGUGUAUAGCUUUGGAGUUGUUCUUCUCGAACUACUAACAGGGAGAAAGUCACUGGACAAACUUCGACCAGCUCGAGAGCAAAACCUUACUGAUUGGGCUCUUCCUCUCCUAAAAGAGAAGAAAAAGCUAAUGACGAUUGUGGAUCCGAGACUAGGAGGAGAAUAUCCUGUCAAAGGAUUUCACAAGGCAGCAAUGCUGGCUUACCAUUGCUUGAACAAGAACCCAAAAGCGAGGCCCCUGAUGAGAGACAUCGUCGACUCGUUGGAGCCGUUACAAGAAACAAUCGACGAGGCAGUAGCGCCAUCUGAAACAACUUCCUUACCUGUUGUUGCUAAUAAUGAGAAUAGGAGAAAGGAAAAUGAAGGCUUGAAAGUGAACUAAUGGAUGGGAGGCCAUGGGAGCUUUCACAGCUACCUUUUGUACUGAGUUUUUAUUUCAUCUUUUCUUUUUUAGAUGUGGAAUUUUUGUUUUAUGGUGAACUUAUGGCUUACUUUUUAACCUUUGCUAAUACUUCACUCACUACUUGUAAUACCAAAAUGAUUUGUAAAUGUUCUAAAAUGUUACAAAUUUUACAGCUCAAAUGGAAAUAGAAAUAAGAAUGAAUCAAAGUGAUUUAUACACUUUGAGGGUAUUUGUUGCGUUUUAA